AAGAAGCUUAUCUGUAUAUAGCUUAUCUUAAUUUCCCAAAAAAACUGAUUAACCUGUCUUAUAUUAAUAUAUAAAAGGGGACUCAUCCUAAGUAGAUUACAGUAUUUACAGUACUCGUGUGGGGACUAUAAACAGUACUUUGUGCUCUUAUUUACUUGAUCUAAAGCUCCUGACAAAAUGUCUUACUUUGGAAAAACGUUCACUUUCGAGAAACACGAGAAAUUCGACGAGUUUCUUGCAGCUCUGGGAGUGCCAAAGGACAAUAUAGAUGACUUCUGCUCCCAAAAAGCCACUCUCGUUUUGGAAAAAAAUGGAGAUACCUACACCCAGAAAUAUAUGAACAAAACUACAAGUUUCAAGUCGGGCGUGGAGUUCGACGAGACCGUCAGAAAUGGUGUUCAGUCCAAGACCACUUUCGUGGUGGAGGGUGACACUAUCACGCAAACGCAAAAGUUUCCGGAAGGCCGCACUAUCACCUUUAAGAAACAGUUCUCAGACAACAAGCUUGUCGUGACGGCUACCACCAGCGCUUGGGAUGGCGUAGCUUACAGAUACUACUCGGCGUUAACUGCAACUCAUUGGCGCCGACAGUACUCGUGUGGGGACUAUAAACGGUACUUUGUGCUCUUAUUUGAUCUGAAAGUUCCUGACAAAAUGUCUUACUUCGGAAAAACGUUCACUUUCGAGAAACACGAGAAAUUCGACGAGUUCCUUGCAGCUCUGGGAGUGCCAAAGGAAAAAAUUGAUGAAAUCUGCUCCCAAAAAGCCACACUCAUUUUGGAGAAAAAUGGUGAUACCUACACCCAGAAAUUAUUGAACAAAACUACCAGUUUCCAGCCGGGCGUGGAGUUGGACGAGACCGUCGGUGAUGGACAUCAGUGCAAGUCCACCUUCGUGGUGGAGGGUGACACUGUCACGCAAACGCAAAAGUUUCAAGACGGCCGCACUAUCACCUUUAAGAAACAGUUUUCAGACAACAAACUUGUCGUGACGGCUACCAACAGCGCAUGGGAUGGCGUAGCCUACAGAUACUACUCUGCGUAAACAUUAUCACUCUCUCAGACCAGUUUGAAUUAUAGUUAUUUGUACAACAAGAGAUCAAAGUUUCAUAUUUCUUCGAGUGCUUAU